CUUAUUUAACCGUGCUUUGAUUUCCAUGAAAGGGCUAUAAUAUAUUCCUGCUCCAGCCCGCAACAUGGUCUUUUGACGAUGUAGACUGAUAUUUAUCGCAGCUCUUGUGUGAAUGUCUUUUGUUUACUAGCACUUUCCGGCUAGUUCCAUCCGAAUUGCCUCGAGAAGCUCAACACCAAUUGCCAGAAUGAUUCAGUUCUAUUUGCCAGAAGAAACCGUUUAUCACAAUGACGGUCGAGAGGAGAAACUGUUGGAGUUUAUCCUAUCUCACCCCGAUUAUGCCUUGAUGAAAGGUUGCCCGGACAGGAUCCUAGCCGCCAUCGAUGAAUAUGGGAGGGAGAAAGCUUUUCUCAUGAAUGUUGGGACUGAGAAAGGUCAAAUUGUCAGCAAAGCCAUAUCCCGCGCCAAACCAAAGGUAAUCGUUGAACUCGGGGGUUACAUUGGCUAUUCUGCUCUUCUGUUUGGGGAUGCACUUAGGAAGGCAGGAGGUCAAAAGUACAUCAGCCUUGAAGUCAGCCCUAUCUUUGCCAGCGUCUCCGCUGCUCUAAUCGACCUAGCUGGCUUGAAUGAUAUUAUUGAGAUCAUGGUGGGACCUUGUCGGGACUCACUACGAGCCCUAAGCGAGACAUACCCCGGCCAUAGCCUGGACAUGUUCUUCUUUGACCAUGCCAAGGUUGAGUAUACGAACGACCUCAAACUUUGCGAAGAGCUCGGCUUGGUGUCGCAAGGUACUACCGUCGUUGCCGACAAUGUCAGCCGGAAUCCUGAGUAUCUAGAAUACGUCCGUGCAUCGGGCCCAAAGAAGAGGAUGGCAGCAGAUGAAACCAAGCGAUUGACAUUGUGUCAUGAGUCUGACAUGUCCCUUGGUCGGCCUGAUCUGCGAUAUGAGACGUCCGUGGUUCACAGUAUUGAACCCACUGGAGAGCCCGAUGCAGUGGAUAUUUCGUAUUGCUUGGGAAGUAGCUAGUGGAACGCAAGCCCUUACCGGUCAAAUUCUGUGCGCCGACAAGUAGUGAAUUCGACGGGUCGAGUAUAAUUAGGAUCAAAUUGAAGCGAGAUGUCUCAUUCCGAGAACAAAGUGCAGACAUUAUUCGGUGCUCUCCACAUUUCUAGCCAAAUUUGGUCAUCAUAAAGCACCGUAUCCUUGUUAAGCAAACC